AUGCGGGCGGGUUCUCUCGGAGCCCGGGGCUCGGCCCGCGCUGCCCCUGGCACGGAGGCUGCGUGGCCGCUUCCCAACGCCGACAGCGCGGGGCAGCAGCACCUCGGCAUCGCCCUCGCUGCCUUUGCCUCUGUGCGUUUGGGAUUUGCUCCUUGGUUUCAGCCGCUUUCCCUCUCUGGCAGGAACAGCACUCGCAGCGAUGCCGGAGCCAGAAAAUCCAAGAUCACAGCCUCACGCAAACUCUUGUUGAAGAGUUUGAUGCUGGCCAAAGCCAAGGAGGAGUGGGAUCAGGAGAUUGUGGACAAGCAGGCAGAGAAGGAGAGGUACCUGUCUGAGAGGGUCACUCCACUGCAUACCAGUGGGCUCUCCUUGAGCCAGCUCCAGGACCUGUGUAGGGAGCUGCACGAGAAGGUGGAAAUUGUGGAUGAGGAGAGAUAUGACAUUGAAGCGAAAUGCAACCAUAACACCCGGGAGAUUAAAGAUCUGAAAAUCAAAGUUCUUGAUCUCCGGGGGAAGUUCAAGAGGCCUCCCUUGCGCCGGGUCCGUGUCUCAGCCGAUGCAAUGCUCAGGGCUCUGCUGGGCUCCAAGCACAAGGUGUCCAUGGACCUCAGGGCCAACCUGAAGUCUGUCAAGAAGGAGGACACAGAGAAGGAGCGCCCUGUGGAAGUGGGCGACUGGCGCAAGAACGUGGAAGCCAUGUCAGGCAUGGAGGGGAGGAAGAAGAUGUUCGACGCUGCCAAGUCCCCCACGGGGCAGUGAGAGGAGCACUGGGAAGAAGACUGUCCCCAUCCCUGCUGCCAGCCUGCCCUCGCUGCUCCCCUGUCCCUUUGUGCCCAUCUCUGAAUUCCCACUGAGCUGAAACACAAGGACAACGAUGUGGAAAGGAAACCUGAGCUUCUUCCUUCCAGCAGUGCCCUCAGCACUGCUCCUGCACAGCAUCCCCCUCCAUCAGCCACAGGACAUGCUGUCCCCAAGGGCCACUGCUGCUCACCUCUCCCAGCCCUGCAGAGAUGGCCCAGAGGCAGCACCUGCCCCCUGUGCCCUGUGGCACCCCGAGAUGUCCCUGGCAGCCAGACAUGCAUUAAAAAACUGUCCUGGGCCAA